UCGUUUUCAGGCUUCUCACAGCUUUUUCAACCAUGUCAAAUAUAAUAACUUCACACGUAGAGAGAAGAAAAUACAAACAGAACCCGACAGGCCAAUCAUCCUUAUCAUCUCUCCUGCACUCGGAAGCCAGAAGGAAGGUAUAGAAGAAUCUGUCUUGUUUUCUUCUUUCUUUGCCCAGAGAGAGAGAGAGAGAGAGAAGGGGGGAGGGGGAGGGACAGGAAGACAGAUUCGUUGGAAGAAAGGCGAGAAUACAAGACCAGCAAAAUUGAGAAGAAAAAAAAUGGUGGGUCUCUUUUCACGACUCUCUGGAAGCCGAAACAGCCAUCGACGGACACAAAGCUCAGUCGAUCAGAGGGAGGUAUUGCCACCAAAUGCUGAGGCUGCAGGGGUUGCAUCAUCAGCAGCUGCUGCUCAUGGGAUUGAAGUGGCAGUAGAGUUUAAGCCAGUUGAGCACCCAAUUGAGCCUCUCAACAAUGAUCGACCAGUAAAAUGCCCACUACCAGAACCUUCUAUUCUUAAUGAUGGAAGAAUAUGGAAGGAGCGCGUGUCUGCAAAUGUGUGGAGGAAGGCGGACUUGCCAGUUAUGAAAGAAGGGUCACAUCUUGAACCUAAAGUGGCUGGAAGAAAGCAAAGACCACCCCAGUCUAAUCGCACGAUUCUACCAUCCCUUAGUGCUCCAGAGCACAAUAUCAUCCAACUUCUGGAAGAAUGUAAUGCAUCUGUUGAUUGAAACGACCUAUUGCUAGUGUUUAUAUGGAGUGAUCAUAGUUGUGAUUGUUUUUGGAAUCUAUGCUUCAUAAUGUUUUCCAUGUAUCUAUUUUUCAUUUCUUGGCUAUGAAUUGGCUUGUAAAUUUUAUUAAACAAAGAAAGACCAUAUAUAGUCUCAAAGCAUUGGGAAAUUGAAUAGUAUAUCUGUAUUUAAAUAA